CGCCUGCGAGCCGCCGAUCCCGGGGGACCAGCGAGGCCCCGGCAGGAUGACUGUCACGUGACGCCGGCACCCACGUGACUCCGACUUCACAUGACAUCCCGCGACCGGGCCCCUUCUGGAGAGCGAGGACGCGGGGGAGCAGAGAUGAUCGGAGCCGCGCUGUCGCCUCCUUGGCUGCUGAUGCUACUCCUGCCCUGGGCGCCCGCAGGCCAGGCAGCACCGGACGUCGAUGAGAUCCAGUGCCUGCCUGGGUUGGCCAAGCAGCCGGCUUUCCGCCAGUACUCCGGCUACCUCCGUGGCUCCGGCUCCAAGCACCUCCACUACUGGUUUGUGGAAUCGCAGAAGGAUCCCAAGAGCAGCCCUCUGGUGCUUUGGCUCAACGGAGGGCCCGGCUGCAGCUCCCUAGAUGGCUUCCUCACAGAGCACGGCCCCUUCCUGGUGCAGCCAGAUGGUGCCACGCUGGAGUACAACCCCUAUUCUUGGAACCUGAUUGCCAAUGUGUUGUACCUUGAGUCCCCAGCUGGGGUGGGCUUCUCCUACUCUGACGACAAGACUUAUGCCACCAACGACACCGAGGUCGCCCAGAGCAAUUUUGAGGCCCUGAAGGAUUUCUUCCGCCUCUUCCCAGAGUACAAGGACAAUGAGCUUUUCCUGACAGGAGAGAGCUAUGCCGGCAUUUACAUCCCUACCCUGGCCGUGUUGGUCAUGCAGGAUCCCAGCAUGAACCUGCAGGGGUUGGCUGUGGGCAAUGGACUCUCCUCCUAUGAGCAGAAUGACAACUCCCUGGUCUAUUUCGCCUACUACCAUGGCCUUCUGGGGAACAGGCUCUGGUCUUCCCUCCAGACCCACUGCUGCUCUCAGAACAAGUGUAAUUUCUACGACAACACUGACCCAGAAUGCGUGACUAAUCUACAGGAAGUGUCCCGCAUCGUGGGCAACUUGGGCCUCAACAUUUACAACCUCUACGCCCCCUGCGCUGGGGGUGUGCCUGGGCAUUUAAGGUUCGAGGAGGACACGGUCGUGCUCCACGACUUCGGCAACAUCUUCACUCGCCUGCCGAUCAAGCAGACACGGCAUCAGGUGCUGCUGCUGCGCUCUGGGGACAGGGUGCGCAUGGACCCGCCCUGCACCAACACCACGGCCGCCUCCACCUACCUCAACAACCCUUAUGUGCGCAAGGCCCUCCACGUCCCUGAGCAGCUGCCCCGCUGGGACAUGUGCAACUUCCUGGUGAAUAUACAGUACCGCCGCCUCUACCAAAGUGUGCAGGACCAGUACUUGAAGCUACUCACCACGCAGAAAUACCGGAUCCUGCUGUACAACGGAGAUGUGGAUAUGGCUUGCAAUUUCAUGGGGGAUGAGUGGUUCGUGGAUUCCCUCAACCAGAAGAUGGAGGUCCAGCGCCGGCCCUGGUUAGUGGACUACGGGGACAGUGGAGAGCAGAUUGCUGGCUUCGUGAAGGAGUUCUCCCACAUCGCCUUUCUCACCAUCAAGGGCGCUGGGCACAUGGUCCCCACCGACAAGCCCCAGGCUGCCCUCACCAUGUUCUCCCGCUUCCUGAAUAAGCAGCCGUACUGAUGGAGACCAGUCCCCCUUCUGCCUGAUGCAGCCAUACUGACAGAGACAAGUCCCCCUUCUGAUCCAGCCCCUUUCCUUUCCUGCCUCUCCUGCUAGGAGGGAGGCCCUCUUUUAUGCAAAAUGCCCCUGUGGGGCAGAUCCCGGCCUCCAGAACCAACCUACCCCCCCCCACCACUGACCCCUCCACAGCCCUCUGCCUCCCAGACCAGGCCCCAGUGCUUCAGUAGACAGCCUGGGGGAGUUAGCACUUUAUUCCUGACUGGGCUGGGGCCUGGCCCCUCCCUUCAUGCACUGGAACACAGCAGAGCUCAGCACAGCCCAUGGGGAGGGUGGACGGACUGUAAUCAAUGGAUUGACUGAUUAUGGAAUUAAAUUGGGUACAGCUUAAA